UCUACGUGGGUUUUCUUUUUUCCUUUAAAAGAUUUUGAUUUGCUAAUUCAAAAUUUGACUACAUAUGCAAAAACCAAAAAAGCUUAAUUAGGCUCUGUUUUAGUUCAAAUAUUCUAAAAAAAUAAGAGAUUUAACUUCAGAAUUUAGAUCCAUGUGGAGUUAUAAAAUGGCUUAAUAUUUAGUUCAUGCUCAAAUCAAGAAAUUUUCCCUUUUUGUUGAUGAGGGUUUUGAUUUGCAAGAUCCAUUGUUCUUUAAUUUGCUUUUGCCAGCCUUCUACUACUUUAUAUAAAGCAGGGCCAUUAAAAUUGGAAAAUAGCCCUCAUGUAUCUUCAAGUACAGUUAUAUCAGUUGGUACUGCUUCUUCUUAUGAUAAUGUGUCUAAUGACUCCAUUGGAGUGAAAGAAGAGAGUGUAAAUGUAGAUGGAGAGGAAUUGCAGCCUCAAAAUUGCAACAAAGGUGGUCUUAAAAAAUCUGCUUUGGGUUCAAAAGAAGUUCAGAAGAAAAGAGUACAAUGGAUGGAUUUCUUAGGGAAAGAACUUGUUCAGAUCAGAGAAUUUGAAUCCAGUGAAACCGAAACCGAAGAUACUGGUAGUGAAACAAAGUACUGUAGUGGCUGUUCCUGCAUAAUUCUUUGACAUUCAAUUAUCAUCCCUCAAACAAGUUGCUGGAUUGACAGCUGCAAUCACACAAGAAAAAAG